AUGAGCAAGAAAUGUUGGGGGCGAUUGGUUUUGUGUUCUGUGGUAGCAAGAAAGAAACCUAGAAAGUUACGAGAUCAAGAUGAAGCAAGAGAUACUUCGUGGUGGGAACAUGGAUACAAAAAUUGGAGUGAUGCUGCGUUCAAAAAGCGCCUACGAAUAAAUAGAGAUACAUUUCAUUUUUUGCUGGGAGAUAUAAGAAGCAAACUUGUAAGAACUCCCACUCGUUUCAAACCGCGUCCUAUUCCCCCGCACACUAGGCUAGCAAUUUGUCUAUACAGGCUGGCGCAUGGGUGUACCUUCAGUACCCUAGGAGACCUGUUUGGUGUAGCUGAAUCAACUGCUUCAGUCAUUUUUAAUGAAGUAUGCAAGAUAUUGGUUUCAACAUUUUAUGACAAAUAUGUUUAUUUGCCACGAAACCAGUCAGAGUGGAAAGAAGAACUCCGAAAUUUCCUCGAGAAUUGGGAAUUCCUAUGUGUUGGGGCAUGGGAUGCUUUCAAGAAGCGUUACUCAGUCUCUUCCAUGGGAUUUGUUGCUGCAGACAAGAGGUUUUAUUGGGCAGCUGUUGGGGCACCUGGAUCAACACAUGACUCAAGGUUACUCCGGAGCUGCACCCUAUUUCAUGAAAUUCAACAGGGACAUGUCUUUCCCAAGGCUUCUCUAAGAACAAAUGAUUAUGGAGAUAUACCCAUCACAACAGUGGGUGAUUCAGCUUUUCCACGUUACCCCUGGCUGAUGAAGCCAUAUAAUGAAAAUACAAGAGAUCCUAUUAAACGCUAUUUUAACAAAAGACUAUGUUCAGCUCGGGUUGUUACAGAACAUGCCUACGGAAUGCUUAAGGGACGAUGGAGAGUACUAUAUAAGAAGACUGAGUGUAGGUUGAGAAAUAUCAGGCACAUAAUUAUGGCUUGCAUAGCUCUUCAUAACAUUUGCAUUCAACGAGAUGACCCUUGUAGACCUCGGUGGAGGCUGGAGGUAAGCAAAUUGGACCUUAUCAGGAGCAAGGACACCAGGGAUCAAAAUACAAAUGAGGCAGACCAGGUCAGAAUGACCAUUACUGAUUGGCUUUGGGAUAUUCAACAGAAAAGGCAACUGAUAGGGUAAAGGAUAUAACUGUCUGAAGACACCACACUGGGUGAGGGUAAAAAAUUAAAACCUUGAAUUAAUUAGAAGACAGAAAGUUUGAAGCACAAUGUAAUAAGUUUGCAAUCUAUGUUUUUAGAAAGCUUUUAGAGAGAAGUAGUGAAGUAGGGCAGCAGUAUUAAAUCCUAUGUUCAAACAUUUGCUUGCCAAUACUUAAUAUUUCUGCAGGUUUUUUUGGUAUAAUGAAAUAUGUUGGGUGACCAAAUAGUAAAUUGUCUAAAUUAGCAGGGACCACAGUUUGUAGUAUAAAAUAUUUUUUGCCAGAACCAUAACAUCAUUGGUCAUAUAGUCAAAUAGUACCUUUGAGCAAACCACCAACUUAUUGA